AUGAUCUCCCCAAUUUUUCUAAUUUUUGCAUUCUUCUCUUUACCUUUCCCAUCUUCUUCUCAACAACAACAGUUGCUUGAUUCUCUUCAUGGACCCCUUACCAAUUUUGAGUCAUGUAUUUCUACUGAAUCUCAAGCAAGAGUUGAAAACAUAACCUAUAAUUUUUGGUCACCACAAUAUUUCCCGAUCCUUGAACAAAGUAUAAGGAACCUAAGGUUUAAUUCCUCCAAAACUCCAAAGCCCUUUUACAUAAUCACUCCAGAAAAUGGCCACCACGUAAGAGGAGCAAUCUUGUGCUGCAAGAAAUAUAACCUCGAAAUGCGAAUCCGUGGCGCUGGACAUGAUUACGAAGCGUUCGACGUGGUAAGGACUCCCGAAGAAGGGGCUACGAGGGCGGUAUCUAAAUGGCAAGAGUUGGCCAAUGUGUUGCCUAAGGAGAUCGUGAUAAGAGCUUUGAUAACAAGUAAAACGACAUCAUCAGGGGAGCAAACCAUCAACGUAGCAUUCGAAGGAUUAUACCUAGGAAGAGCCAAGAAACUCAUGAAAUUAAUGGAAACCCACUUCCCCGAAUUAAAGUUGAAAAGGAAAGAAUGCAAAGAAAUGAGUUGGGUAAACACAACUUUAUUCUUCAAUCUUCACGAGGGGCAGAAAUUCAGCCUUAAUGAUUUGCUAAACACGAAACAUUACAGAAGGUCAUUUUACAAAGCGAAAUCGGAUUAUGUAACGCUACCAAUUAGAGAAGAUAUGCUAGAAGCAAUAUUUGAUGUUGUCAAACAAGGUGGAACUAAUUCCGGGGUCAUGCAAUUUCAGCCGUACGGCGGAAGGGUUUCCGAGAUCCCGGCCGACGCGACGCCAUUUCCGCAUAGAGACGGGACAUUAUACAAUAUACAUUACAUUGUCGGGUGGCACGACGAGAGUGAUGAUCGAGUUAUCGACCAGAGAUUGGAUUGGCUUUACAAGAUUUACGAUUUUAUGGCAGAUUAUGUCGAAAAGCCUAGGACUGCGUAUCAAAAUUACAGGGAUUUGGAUUUGGGAAAGAAUGAAUAUGCUGAUGAAAAGUACUCGGAGGCGUGGAGUACUUGGGGAAGAAUGUAUUUCAAAGAUAAUUUCAAGAGAUUGGCACAAAUAAAGCAUCGGGUUGAUCCAGACAACUUCUUUAGGCAUGAACAAAUCUUGUUAUCGGACUCGAUCAAAGCCACCUACGGUGGUGGUGCACCAGUGUUCGAUACCGACGGAGACCAACUCCGGCGUGGCCAAUCUUACUAUAUAGUAUCGGCCGGUUGGUCGAGAUUGAGAGCCGGCGGACUAAAGCCAUAUACCGGCCGGGGCUCCACUUGCCCGUUUCAGAUCGUGCAAGCAUUCAACCUCCGCAGCGACGGCGUGCCGGUGGCUUUCUCGCCGGUUGACCCACAGGAUCUGUUAGUCCAAUCGGAUUCAGAUCAGAACAUCGUCUUCGAAGAUUUCCCGUCUGCGGUUCGUUGCUCUGAAUCGAACGUGUGGAAGGUCGAUUUCGGCCAAUCGCAGUCGUCUCCGGCGGCGAAUUCGACGGCGCCGGUCCUCGUGACCACCGGCGGCGUUGAGGGAAAUCCCGGACCGAAUACCUUACCAAAUUGGUUCAAAAUCCAGGAGUAUGAAGAUGCCUAUAUAAUUCAGUACUGCCCCAGCGCCUCCUUGUGCGGUGCUACUCCUUGCCGGGAUUCGCUCGUUUGUGAAAAUAUCGGUGUUUCUGUGGUGAACGGCAAGAGGGUUUUGUCACUUAGCCGGCAGCCAUUGAAGGUUGCCUUCAAGAGGGUUAAGAGAUGUGCUACUUUGGUGGCCACCAAUUGA